AUGAAUGCAGAAAUUGAGACAGAGCCAUGCUUAUUAGCAGAUUCAGGAUAUCAAGGUAUUAAUGAUAUAAUACCAUGGGCAAAAAUUCCUUUUAAACGUCAAAGGAAUACAGAAUUAACAGAUGAUCAGAAGGAAUACAACCGAAAACUCUCCAGUAAUCGAAUCAUUGUCGAGAAUUAUUUUUCUCGACUCAAACAAUACUGGAGAGUGAUUGGUGGUAAAUGGCCAUUGAAAAUCAAGGGUGAUCUAACAUUUUAUCAUCACACCUUUGCAAUGUGUGCAGGCCUUACAAAUAAACUUUUGUGCCGACGUCCAUUACGUAGAGGUGCUGAAAGAUGGGAUCUUUUAGAUCUUGAUAGCAUGGAUGAAAAUAGCGAGGCAUAUAACUAUCAAGAAUCAGUUUCUGAAGAUGACAGUGAAAAUUCUUAUUAA